AUGCACAUCCAGACUGCUCCGUUUCUCGAAAAUGGUGUCAUCAAGCUCCCACACUCCCUCCUUGUGUGGUUGUGUUUGCCACUGUUCAAGAAAGUUGGUGUUUCAGUCAGAGCUGACUUCAAGGAGCUGCAGAAUGACUGCGGGAUGCAUCAUGGUGCAGCAUCAGAUGAACUGUUUGCAGGACACGUGGAGCUGGGAGCAAUGGCUAAGGAGCGUGGUGCUACCGUGAAGAGGACUGUGGGGCUUGCCAAACUCGUCGGAAUACUUCUCGGCAGGCACCUACCAAAGGACCCCCAAGUCCGUGUUAGCCCUCGGUGGGCUGAUGCAGUGCUCCCCCAGGAGUACAUCAACUAUGCUGUGCUCAAUGUCUACGCUGUCUCCCAGGUGCAUUUACAGCUCACGGGGAUGGACAUUGCUCAGCCUGUUGUGGCCACCACCCCUAGUGGGACUGCAAUUGCACUCUUGGCACCUGACGGACAGGAGGUGGCUCACAGAAUUGUGGCCCUCAAACGUCCUCCUGCCCUUGAUGGUGUUGUUGUGUCACCAAAACGAGUCGUGAUGACAGUUUCUAAAGUGCUUGUGCCAUCUUUCCUGCUUCCUGCUCGCCUACAGAAAGCAAAGCAGGCAAAAUCACUCGCGUCAUUCAGCAGCUCUGACGGUCCAUCAUCUGGUUCAUGCACGGAAACCCUUGGCGACCACCAGGAUCCCGAGUCUGGAGUCUUGGAUGCAGGAUAUAUUGAUAGCAGCAGCCCUCUGACGAGCACUCUUGUCCUGAAUGAGGAUGAGUGUGAUGGUGAUUCAGAGACCAGCCCUGAACAGACUAUCAAGGGCUCCUUGCGAGAUCCAGCUGCGGAAGCUGCACUUGUGGGGGUCAUGGAGCCCUACGUGAAUGUUGCAGCGAGGAACGACUCUAUCGUUCGUUCACGUGUUCUAUACGACAAUUUUCAUUGCUACAAUCAAUUCCCGAUCACUCGCCACCAUGGGCUCAGAUGGCCGUUUGCACGAGCACUCAGUGCAGCAUUUUUCAUACCGGUCGCGGAGGACAAGGCUGCCAUGGAAGCAGUACUGAAGGACUUCGGGAUGGCAUACAAUGCUCAGCUUUUGUCAAAACCUGAGUGGGUGCUGUCACGUGUCUGGCGUCACGUACCUCCACCUGAAAUUCUCCUGCCCCGUGUUGCCGACGUCAUCAGAACCUACGGUCCAAUCAAGGAUGCAACAACAGGACAACCACUUUUCAAUGACCGUGCUUGGGAAAUCGCAAAACACAUCAUGGAAAAUGUCCAGCUUGGAUACUACUCGGACACUGCAGACAUUGACCUUUACUUUGAGAUCGGGAAAGAUCGGCAUGGCCUGAUGUUGUAUCGCUGUUGCCAUGGCACCAACAGUGUCAAAGGUGGUGUUCACCAUAAUCUCAUAUGGUGCUACACAUCAUUUAAUACAUUGCCUCGUCAUGCUAUUAAUGUGCUGCUCGACUACGCUUUGCAGGUUGGCAACAUGAACCGCACUGGCAAAGCAUACGUCGGACACUUUAAUGUCCUGCUAAAGAAUCACAUUUCUCGACUGCUGACCUUAAAAAUGGAUGCACUAGUUCCUGAAAGCAGUGACUUUCAGUGUGGUUGGGUGAACGGCAAUGACUACGAGCUCACACACGAGACUUUCUGUUAUGCUGAAGUAUAA